ACCUCUUGUUGAGUGCAGACAAAAUUGUUUGCACAGUCCAGAAUGUGGUGAUAACCUCUGAACCGACGUCCGGGCAUAUAAAACUCAGUAGUCAGUCCCGCGCACUAGUGAUUCACAGACGUCUGAGACAACAUGAUCGCCUUUGUACUGUGCGCCCUCGUCGCCGCGGCGGCUGCGGCCCCGCACAUCGACUACCCCAGGAGAGAGUUCAUGCCUCACCUCCACAUACAAGCCCGCCCCUACCUGAACGGCGAUAUCUUCGACACAUCAAAAUUCUGGGCGGACAUGUCCCGAGAAUUAAGGGACUUUGACGAUAUGAUGAACGACUUCGUUCGCAGAUUCCCUACCAGCACAUCACAAGAAGGAUUCGAAGGUAACGAAUACAAAAUUACUAUCCCCCUAUCUGACUUCGAAGAGAAGGACAUCGUUGUGAAGGCCCGUGAAGGAUUGUUGAUGGUGCAAGCGAUCCACAUCUACGCGGAAGGUAUGUCCAAGAACUACUUGGAUGUGAGGACUCUACCUGACACUGUGAAUGUGGCCGGUAACUGGGUGUUCGACAAGGGAGUCUUGAAGAUCACGUUCCCUCUGAAGAGUGGAGCUGUGACACCAGCGCCUGUCCCGACCACGACGCAAUCGUCGUUUGAGACUGAACGGCCGACCUUUGGUGGUAGUCGGGAGGAGAUUGAGAGUAAUGUGAAUGUAGGUGUUCAGGAUGCCGACGUUGGACUGGGAAGGGGAGACCAAGACAAGGUUACCGAGCUGAAGACUAACGAGAUCCCUCAAGGAAACACCGUUGAAGCGACAACUUACGCUGUGGACUUGAAAGACGAAGUGGAAUUCGUUCCAGUUAAGUACUAGACAGUGUUAAUUUGUAAAUAAAAUUUUAUAAGAAACUCCAAUUAUGUUUUUCUUUUAAAAUAAGUAAGUAUAGUGUUAUCUUAUUGUGGCUCUUUGUGUGUGCUGUGAUGUGGUCUGUUUGUACACUUUGAUAAGAAGAU